CAGUCAUGGCCGACGACUGCAGGCGACAGGGACUGGAGUUGGAGAGACGGAUAUUCGAGCUGGACAUCAAGUGUUCGAGUCUCAGAGCUGAAAAGCAAGAUGAUGACUAUUUACAGAAUGCAUCUGCCAUUUUAGAGAAGUUGAAAAGCUUUUACAGACAAGGAGGGGAGAGUAGCAACCUUUUCAAGCUGCUUCAGGAUUACACACAGGUGAUUCUUGACAUCACUUUUUUUGAAGAGAAUAAAUUGGUGGACCAGGAAUUUCCUGAGGAUUGUUCACCGUUUAAAAUCCAGCAGCUGCUGCAAGACCUUACUGAGCCAGAAGUAUUGGCAGCGAGGCUGACACCAGCACAGGAGGUGCAGUCUGUGUUGGGCACAGAGCUGCUGGAAUGCCUCUACUGGAGAAGGGGAGCUCUGCUGUACAUGUACUGCCACACUCUUCACCAACGAAAACAGUGGAUCAAGAAAAACAAGGACACAUUCCUAAAGUGUAUUCAGGAAGGCGUGCGCUACCUGAUGCGGAUGCUGCAAGUGAGAAACACUGUGAAGCUCAACGAUGGGGUGGUGUUCCAUGAUGGUGCUACAGCAAGUAUGCUAUCUGAAGGCAUCUUCUCAGAUACUCACCUGCUGACGAUGAUGUACAUUGGGGAAAUGUGUUUCUGGGCAGUGAAGUACGAGGACUGCAGCGCUGACAAUACAGAUCGCAAAGAAGACCACCUCCAGUUUCGGGACAUUGGUACACAGAUCCUCAAUAAAUAUGUUCUUGCGUGUGAGGGCCCUCUGCAGGGCCAGGGCUGGAACACAGAGAAUGCCAAGGAAAUCCUUAGUAUCUUACAGUGAACUAAGUGUUCCUCUUUUGAAGUUGCCCUGAGGCACAGAUCUAAGUUCAGUAUUCAAAUGUCUCAAUCCCAAAUAAAAAUGGAUCCCAUCGUGGGGGUUGUAAUGUUAGUGAAGGAUAAUGGGAGGCAUGGGGAGGAAGUGUUUAUGAAGAAAAGAGCCUUUGGAUCAGUGUCUACAGGCGAUUAAAUACUAUGCCAAACAGCCUGGGUCAAAGCAGGUGGAUGAGAGGUAAGAAAGUGUAAAGCUGAAGGUGUUACAUGAAAGCCACAAGGGAGGCUGCUGAAUAAUUGUUUUUCCUAUUCUGCUGACACUGCAGUUAUCUUGAUUCCAGACUGUUGCCCGGGGGAGUGGUUUUGCUCUAAGAAUGUGUUAUAACAAUAUUACUAUUAAGUGGAUAUUUAAAAUCAUUUUUGAGAUUCUUACAAGUUUUAAGAUGAUCCAUCUGGAAAUGAAACACUGCACAGUAACAUUUUAUUUAUUGUUUGGUUGCCAUUUUGUUAUGCUUUUGAGAUAUUUUGAUAACUGAACACAUUGUUUGUAUAAAGUAUACAGACAUGGACAAAUUUAUCGGUACGCUUCAGAGAAAAUAACCCACAACUAUCUCGGAAAUAACUUCAAACUGACAAGUCAAUUGCAGCCCAUUGCAUGUUAAACACAUUUUUUUUAUUUUUGAUUCAACUGAAUAUUUUGCAUAAUAAAACGG